CGACGUCAACCGUCACGUGAGGCCGCAGUAACGUGACUGACACAAACGGGAAGUGGUGGAGCCGAAAGCGAGAAGUUAAACUCAUAAACACGUCGGGUUAGCAGUCACCGGUGUGUCCGUCAGUGGACAGCCCCGAGAGACAGCAGCAGUUUGGAGACCGGAGACGUCGAGCAGCAAACCUAGGCAGCUAUGGGCUCCAUGUUUCGCAGCGAGGAGGUGUGCCUGGUGCAGCUCUUCCUUCAGUCCGGCUCGGCCUACAAUUGUGUCAGUGAGCUGGGAGAGCUGGGCCUGGUCGAGUUCAGAGAUUUAAAUCCGAACGUGAACGCCUUUCAGAGGAAGUUUGUUGGCGAGGUCCGACGAUGCGAGGAACUCGAGAAAACGUUUACCUUCCUGGAGCAGGAGAUCAAUCGUUCCCUCUCUCCACCCUUGAAGGGGCCUCUCCCCCCACCAUGUCCAACACCGUUGGCCCCUCAGCCUCGCGAACUCAUCACCAUAGAGGAGGAGAGCGAGAGGCUGGCCAGAGAGCUCAAAGAGGUGUCCAGGAACAGAGACAGCCUUCGAGCUCAGCUGACCCAGCUCUGUCAGUAUCGAGGAGUCCUGACCAGGACACAUUCUCUCACAGCCUCACAGGCACCACCACCUGUACUGGAAACCCAAGGCCUAUUUGACAACCGUCAAGAUGUCCACCUCAGUUUUGUGGCGGGAGUGGUCCAUCCUUGGAAGGUCCCCUCAUUUGAGCGGUUGUUAUGGCGGGCAUGUCGCGGUUAUAUUAUCGUGGAUUUCAGAGAAAUGGAGGAGCGACUUGAGCAUCCAGACACGGGUGAAAUGGUGCAAUGGACAGUGUUCCUCAUUUCCUACUGGGGAGAACAGAUUGGACAGAAAGUCAAGAAGAUCUGUGAUUGUUUCCGCACACAGACAUUUGCAUACCCUGAGAGCACUGCUGAGAGAGAGGAGAUUCUCCAGGGACUUCAAGGCAGAAUUGAAGAUAUCAAAUCAGUGUUGUCGCAGACGGAGUCCUUCCUGCAGCAGCUGUUGAUGCGUGCAGUGGCCGUGCUGCCCCAGUGGAAAGUGCGAGUGCAGAAGUGUAAGGCGGUUCAGAUGGUGCUCAAUCUCUGCAGCCCUUCCGUCACUGACAAAUGCCUGAUCGCUGAGGCCUGGUGUCCCACUGCCAAACUGCCUGAACUGCAAAGCGCCCUGAGAGAAGGAGGGAGGAAGAGUGGCAGUGGGGUCGACUCGUUCUACAACCGCCUGCCUUCAUCCACCCCUCCACCCACCUUGUUUCCCCUCAACUCCUUCACAGCUGGUUUCCAAAACAUUGUUGAUGCCUACGGAGUAGCCAGCUACCGUGAGGUCAAUCCAGCGGUUUACACCAUAAUUACAUUCCCCUUCCUGUUUGCUGUGAUGUUUGGGGAUGUGGGUCAUGGUUUACUGAUGACUUUGGCUGCUCUCUGGAUGGUCCUUGAGGAGAAAGACCCCAAACUGAAGAACAACAACAACGAGAUCUGGAAGAUGAUGUUUGGAGGAAGGUAUCUGAUUCUGCUGAUGGGUCUGUUCUCUGUCUACACUGGAGCUGUUUACAACGAGUGCUUCAGCAGAGGCCUCAAUACCUUCAACUCAGGGUGGCACGUCGGCCCGAUGUUUGACAAGAACAUAUGGAAUUCAUCAGUCCUGGCAGCGAAUCAGUACUUGUCAAUGGAUCCUGUUGUGCCUGGUGUUUUCACCAGCCCCUAUCCAUUUGGCAUUGACCCGAUUUGGGGGCUGUCCAACAACAAACUAACUUUCCUCAACUCGUACAAGAUGAAGAUGUCUGUGGUCAUCGGCGUCAUACACAUGACUUUUGGAGUCUGCUUGUCAUUCUUCAACUACUGGCACUUCGGGAAGAUUAGCAGUGUGUUCUUUGUGCUGAUCCCAGAGCUGUUCUUUAUGCUUUGUCUAUUCGGCUACCUGGUGUUCAUGGUGAUAUUCAAGUGGAUUGCCUACACGCCCGCCCAGUCCAAAAUUGCUCCGAGUAUACUUAUCCACUUCAUAGACAUGUUCCUCUUCACAGACAACCCUGAAAACCCACAGCUCUAUACAGGACAGCUUGUGGUGCAGAAGGUCCUGGUGGUGCUGGCACUAUGUGCUGUCCCGGUCCUCCUACUAGGGAAGCCCAUAUGCGAAUACAUCACAUUCAGGAGAAGACGACGUGAUAUUGAGGAAGAUAGACGUCUGCUGCUGCCUGACGAGGGAUCCAUCAACACUCGUCAGGGGGAGGUGGACGAAGGAGCAGCUGAACGGGAGUUUGAUGCGGCAGAUGUGUUCAUGCAUCAGGCCAUCCACACCAUAGAGUACUGUCUGGGCUGCAUCUCUAACACCGCCUCUUACCUCCGACUCUGGGCUCUCAGUUUGGCACACGCACAGCUGUCUGAGGUGUUGUGGGUGAUGGUGAUGCGCCUUGCCCUGAGGUGGCAGGGCUAUGUGGGCUCUGUAGUCCUCUUUGUUAUUUUUGCCUUCUUCGCGGUGUUGACUGUCUCCAUCCUGUUGGUUAUGGAGGGACUCUCAGCUUUCCUGCAUGCGCUCCGUCUGCACUGGGUGGAGUUUCAAAACAAGUUCUACAGUGGAUCAGGCUACAAGCUGAGCCCUUUCUCUUUCUCAUCUCUGAUCAAUGCAUCAGCUGCUAUAUGAUCGAUCGAAUGAUUACUCAGGCUUGCCAAACAGUUAUGUUAACUUAUGUAUAUUAUUGAGUACUUGGAUUACAACUACAUACACCAGAAUGAUUGUCUCUCCGUCUGAACGAUGUCUUUCUAUUGCCUGUCGGAUAUGGAAUGGUUUAAUUCACUUGCACAAUGAUCAUGAUGGUAUAGACUGUUAUUUCUGCAUCGGUAGAAUCAAAGUGAGCCCCUGUGUAAUGGAUUAAAGUUGCAUUAUAUGAAAUGAAAAAAAAACUACUUUUGUAUCCCCUUGCUAAUUUUUUCACUCAGUGUUAUGUACUGCUUUCUAAUUACAGUAGUUAAAAAAUAGCAAUCAUUUACUUUUUACUUAAUGAACAUAAAUUAUCGACAUCAAUUAUGAAAAGGGAAACCACACCAAUUAACGAAUCUGUUCUGCAGUUUAAGGGAAUAUAUGGUUGUUGAAAUGGUGUGUUGUGCUUUAAUCAGCCAGUCCUGUAGUAUUCUUCAAAUGACAGCAGGGAAUUAUCGGAAUAAUCUUCACGAGCCAAAGAUACUUUCCCCCUCAUCGCCAUGUCUUCCGAACAUACACAACAGAUAUUCAUUGAUAGGAAAAGUUUUUUUCAUGUGCCUUACUGGAACUGAUUGCUUUUUUUUUUUAUCCACUAAGUCUUUCAGACAGAUCAUAACAUUCAUUAUCAUGCCACUAUUUUGAACAAACUCUGGACAUGUAUCUCUCUUCUUUUUUUUUUCUUCUUUCUGACGAUUUGCACUGUAAAAUGGAUCAGCUCCGAACUGAAAUUAAAUGAUUUUCUUGUGUAA